UCCCCCAUCGAUCGCAACUGCAAUCCCCCCACACACACACCUGACUAGCCUUUUUUUGUAACCCCCUCUCCCAUCCCACCCCCCUCCCUUUCCCUCUGUAAUCUGUUCCUUGGGGGAAAGGAGGUGAGUCCCUCAUUCCUCCCGGGAGUGAAGCUACCUUUGCCGGGGACAGAAACUACGCGAGCCCGAGGAUUUUGCGGCCUGUAUUUCUCCCGGGUCUCUGCUGAGAAGGCACCGCAGCUGCUUCUCUUCCCCCCUCCACCUCACAACCCCUCUUUCUCUCCCUCACCACUUUCUCCUUGUGGCCAAAAAAAAAAAGGCCCCGCCGCUGGCUAGCUAGGAGCGAAGCCGAGCCACCACAGCAGAUAUGAUGGAAGAAUUGCACAGCCUGGAUCCACGACGACAGGAACUAUUAGAGGCCAGGUUUACUGGAGCAGGUGUUGCUAAGGGUCCCUUGAACAAUGAAUCUUCCAAUCAGAGUUUGUGCAGUGUGGGUUCCCUGAGUGACAAGGAACUGGAGACUCCUGAAAAGAAACAGAAUGAUCAGCGCAGCAGAAAGAGAAAAGGGGAACCAUUUGAAACAAAUCAAAACAAAAUUAUUCCCAGGGGACAUAAAAUUAGUGACUACUUUGAGUUUGCUGGUGGAAGUGGUCCAGGAACAAGCCCUGGGAGAAGUGUGCCACCAGUAGCACGGUCUUCACCACAACAUUCCUUAUCUAAUCCCUUACCUCGGCGAAUGGAGCAACCACUUUACGGAGUAGACAGCAAUGCAGCCAAGGAAGUACCAGAGGAGCAUUCUGCUGCCCCAACUCUGGUAUCAACAAUGAUGGCAAAACAGCGGUUAGAGGGCGAGCAGCUGGCGCAGAGGGGUACAAGCCUCUGUUUUCCAUUUGCUUCGACCCAGCAAGGCAGUCCCUCAUCUGCAGUUUCAGGAAACACAGAGCAUUCCUGCAGCUCUCAAAAACAGAUUUCCGUCCAGUACAAACAGACACAGUCUGAUCUUACAAUGGAGAAAUUAUCUGCAUUAGAAAACAGUAAGAACUCUGAUCUGGAGAAAAAAGAAGGCAGAAUAGAUGAUUUAUUAAGGGCAAACUGUGAUUUAAGACGACAAAUAGAUGAACAUCAGAAAAUGCUUGAGAAAUACAAAGAACGGUUAAAUAGGUGUGUAACAAUGAGCAAGAAGCUACUUGUAGAAAAGUCAAAACAGGAAAAGAUGGCUUGUCGAGAUAAGAGUAUGCAAGAUCGAUUGCGUUUAGGUCACUUUGCUACAGUCCGGCAUGGAGCCUCUUACACAGAACAAUGGACAGAUGGCUAUGCUUUCCAGAACCUAAUCAAGCAGCAAGAAAGGAUAAAUUCCCAAAGAGAAGAAAUAGAAAGGCAACGGAAAAUGUUAGCAAAACGAAAACCACCUGCUAUGGGCCAGGUUCCUCCAUCUACCAAUGAGCAAAAGCAACGCAAAAACAAAACCAAUGGAGCAGAAAAUGAGACGUUAACAUUAGCAGAAUAUCAUGAACAAGAGGAAAUAUUUAAACUCCGGCUAGGUCACCUUAAAAAGGAAGAAGCUGAGAUUCAAGCAGAAUUAGAGCGAUUAGAACGGGUUAGAAAUCUGCAUAUCAGGGAAUUGAAAAGGAUACAUAAUGAAGACAAUUCACAGUUUAAAGACCACCCAACACUAAAUGAUAGGUAUUUGUUGUUACAUCUCCUAGGCAGAGGAGGAUUUAGUGAAGUAUAUAAGGCAUUUGAUUUAACGGAACAGAGGUAUGUAGCAGUAAAAAUCCACCAGUUAAAUAAAAACUGGAGGGACGAGAAAAAAGAAAAUUACCACAAGCAUGCUUGUAGGGAGUACAGAAUUCAUAAAGAGCUGGAUCAUCCUCGCAUAGUUAAAUUAUAUGACUAUUUCUCAUUGGACACCGACUCGUUUUGUACAGUAUUAGAAUACUGUGAGGGGAAUGAUCUUGAUUUCUAUCUGAAACAGCACAAAUUAAUGACAGAGAAAGAAGCCCGAUCUAUAAUCAUGCAGAUUGUAAAUGCAUUAAAAUAUUUAAAUGAAAUCAAGCCACCUAUUAUUCAUUACGAUCUCAAACCAGGAAACAUCCUCUUGGUAAAUGGUACUGCUUGUGGUGAAAUUAAAAUCACUGACUUCGGCCUCUCAAAAAUCAUGGACGAUGACAGUUACAAUUCAGUUGAUGGCAUGGAGCUGACAUCUCAAGGAGCUGGUACAUACUGGUAUCUGCCGCCUGAAUGUUUUGUGGUUGGAAAAGAGCCUCCAAAGAUUUCAAAUAAAGUGGAUGUUUGGUCAGUAGGAGUUAUCUUCUACCAGUGUCUUUAUGGCAGAAAACCCUUUGGUCACAACCAAUCUCAGCAAGAUAUUCUGCAGGAAAACACAAUCCUUAAAGCUACGGAAGUACAGUUUCCUCCUAAGCCAGUGGUAACGCCAGAAGCAAAGGCAUUUAUUAGGCGUUGUCUGGCAUAUAGGAAGGAAGAUCGGAUAGAUGUCCAGCAAUUGGCAUGUGACCCCUACUUGCUUCCUCAUAUCCGCAAAUCUGUAUCAACAAGCAGCCCAGCUGGAGCUGCUGUCGCCUCAACUUCUGGAUCUUCUAAUAACAGCUCUUCAAACUGAGCAGGAACAAUAGGCCAAUACAUAUAUAUAUAACUGGAACUGCAGAAGGAAACAGAGAGUCAGACAUGUUUUGAGAUGCAGCCUUGGGAUUGGCAAGAAGUCCACAAAAUGGCUCCAAGAAACCAGGAUCAGGUUCUUUGUUUUUCUCUUGCAUUCUUAUCCCAUCCGUAGAGCAAGGCAUCAUUGAUUCUCAGUAAGGAUUAUGGCAACUUAAGCUAAGUAGCCAAGGAAAAGAAGAUUGGUUGGUCUAGUGCUAAGCAAUUGCAAAGGCACUAUUUGCUCUGGGCAGUGAAAGGAAAAAGAUGGUUCCAUGUACCGUGAACUUCCAAACACUACAGACCCAGAGUGCGGUUCCAUGAUGCAGGGUGCACACACCUAGUGUGAAGAAAUGUGGUUUUGGUGGCAGGGUAAAGGGGCUGGAGACAGUCCACCGUCAAUAUUUAAAAUAUAUUUUUUUCUUUUUUGUAAGACUACAUCUCACUGGAGGGAAGGGAAAGAAACCACAUAGGUCAAUGGUAUGAGGUUGCACUGAAGGUUGAUAUAGGAUUUUUGCACUCUACAAGAGAAUGCAGUGCCUGCCUAUUGACAGCACCAGCAUUAGCAUGUUAUCCCAAAUAAUUUCAUCUUUAAUAAAAAAAAAUGUUUUUUGGAUACAAGAUGAAUUAAAUAGCAAGUCAGUGUGGCAGCAAUUUUUCCUUAGAGUGACUUCAUAAUCUAUGAGAAAGGAAUGCAAUGCAGCAUUUAGAUAACAACUGUGAGCUUAGAUUUCUCUCCCCUCUCAGCAUCCUAAGAAAGUUACUAUUUUGUCAGGAAUUUGACAGUUGUCAGCUCUUCCCUUUGAAUAAAUGUAGAAUUUCUCAUUUUUUUUUCUUUCCCUACCUAAUUCUUUGAUCCAUUCAUUGAUGUUUCCUUUAGAAAACUGUGCUCUCUUUAACAUGCACACAAAUGCUAGCUCUAGCAAAUCCUUUAGCCAAAGUUCUUAUCCAUCCUGAUUUUUCAUAUUUGCUUUCUGCAUUGUUUUGGAUGCAUUUGCUGCAUUUACAUCUUGAAAGAAGUGUAUGUAGAAGAGGCAGACUUUUCCAAUCUUCUGUCUUGUGUUUAAUUUUCUUCUCGGUUAAGAAGUGGUUUUUUUUAAUAUUCUUUACUUUUUCAUCUUCUAAAAAAAACCUUAAAACCAAAGAAGAAUCCAGUUGCUUGAAACUUGUGGCAAAACGCUACUCCUGCAAAUAGCUAAAAGGAUGUUUGCUGCAAAUUAUUUGAGCAGUACUGUAUGAUCAAGUACCCUGGUACAGACCUCAGUUCUUCACUUACAGCUGAUGAUUCUCAGUCCUCCCUUAAUUUCUUAUAGGUAAUAAUACAAACAGAAGCAGUCAGGGGCCAAACAUUUUGAAAGUCAAGAGAAUUAGGAGGAGAGAGCAAAAUUGGACAUAAGGGCUUUGUAUGUAAACUAAUAUGAGGAUAUCCUCUGCAUACGUUUGCAGAUCAGAUGACUAAGACCUGAUUAUUAAGUCUAUUUGGGGUCCCGACCCUUCCUUCUGAAGCAGCACAGUGCAUGCACCAUUCGGUCAGAAGAUGAUUCUCAUACUUAAAUGGAAUUAAAUGAGCCUGUAUAAAGAGUAAGGAAACGCAAUAUGUCACUAUUACAACUGAAGAUACCAUAAGAAAGCUCAUAGUGGUCAUCUUUAAAAUAAUCUCCUCCAAAUAUAUGACUACCUUUAGAAUGGGAGUUUCUCAUCAGUAUGAUAUGUUGUCAAAGCUUUGAAGGACCGUGUCUUCCUUUUUUCUUUCUCACUCAAUCAUAGUUCUUGCUUCUUUUCCUAGACAAACAACUGAUACUUAAGCAUCUUUUACUGGAGAUAAAAUGUAAGCAGUUUCCAGGAUUAUCUAGAUUUCUAGUGAAUCACAUCCAUUGCACCUAUUUCUUCCAAUAAAGUUAAUUACCUCUGAAAACAUAUGAAAAUAAUGUCUUUUUUGUUUUGUUUUGUUUUUCCCCUUCUCCCAGUUUUCAGUUUGCUUUUUUCUCUUAAAAGAAGCCAACUCACAUGUCUUAUUUCUUUCAGGGUUCAUAUGUGCCAUGGUUACUUAUUGCUCUUUCACCAAAAUGCAGCUCAUAUUAACUGUCAAAAUACAUAGGCAGAAAUGACUGCUGCCAUGACAAGAUAUAGCUGCUUUCAGCUUGUUGGACAUAAUGGUUGACAUAUCUCAUCUAUUUUGGGAUUGAGUUUGGUUUAUUUUUCCAUAGCUGAAUGCAAAAUAUGAAAGAUUGUCUAUGUCAGUGCUCAGGUCUAACAUUGUAGCGUUUUGCUCUCCAUAUUUCUUACUUGGAAAGAUAGAUAGAAAUCUGCAUUUCAUAUAUCAGUUAGUUGAUUCUUGAUCAUUAGCAGAAAUCCUACCCCAAAUAAAACUUACAGUACUUAAUUUUGCUUUAAAAGGAAUCUCAAUCAAUCAUAAUAUUUAAAAUCGCAAUGACUCCCCCUCUCCCUCCUCCGCUCACCCAUUAAAUAAUAGCUGUCUGAUAUAUUGAUCUUCAUUCAUUGUACCUGAGCAGAAGCUUCUACACUUUUCAUGGAGUUCAUCAGUAAACCAGGCUAAAUCAUUCUGGAAGAGAAAUACAGACUGUGAGUUUUUCAUUUCUUUAAGCGGUUGCUGAAUUGUUUUAUUUUGGGUAUCCAAGCCUUUUUGUUGCCACACUGUUCAUUUAACUGAAAGGGAAAAAGAAAGGUGUAUGGAUUUGUAACUUGAAACUAGGCCAGACUGUUUUGGCUUUGCCCUACAGACAAAAAUAUGGAUAUUAAACACGUUUUCAAAAAUGCAA